CAACCCGUACCCUCUUUUCCAGUUUUCCUUUACCCUACAGCUAGAAUCCCACUACAUCCCCAUUUUCCGAUCAUCACUGUGACACUCUCUUCCUUUUUUCAUUUAUAUAGUUUUCACCAUAAUUACAUAAAACAAUAACCCCACAUAUAUCAAGCUCUUCCUCAGUUUCAUCUUACUAUGAGAUAUAGUGAACUCACUGUAAACCUUACAACUGAUUAAUGGCUACUGUUCAGAAGCUCAUAGUUGAGGUGAUAGACGCACGCGACCUUCCGCCGAAAGACGGGCACGGCACGGUGAGUCCAUACGUUGUGGUUGAUUACUACGGCCAGCGAAAACGGACGCAGACUGUGAUCAGGGACCUGAACCCUAAAUGGAACGAGCUUCUUGAGUUUAACGUUGGCAAGGCCUCUGAGGCUACCGUGUUCGGGGACGUGCUGGAGCUCGACGUCUAUCACGAUAAGAAUUACGGCCCAACUACCCGGAACAACUUCCUCGGCCGCCUCCGGCUGACAUCGUCUCAGUUUGUGAAGAAAGGCGAGGAGGCUCUUAUAUAUUUCCCCUUGCAGAAGAAGAGCCUCUUCAGUUUUAUUCAGGGGGACAUUGGCUUGAAAAUUUAUUACCUCGACGAGGCUCCAACACCUCCUCCCCCGCCACCGGAGGAACCCAAGGCUCCUGAGGCCACGCCACCUCCGCCGCAGGAGGAAACAAAGCCUGCUGAAACUACAGCGCCUCCACCGGCUGACGAGGCAGCUUCACCACCACCGGAAUCUGAGAAGAAAGAAGAACCAACACCGGUACCUGAACAACCUCCACGGUCGGAGAACGAGAAGCCUGCCGAAGAACCACCGGCUGAGACGGCGGCGCAACCAACCGAAACUGCAGCUGCUGCUGAAGUUGGAGAAUCCGAUGAGCUGCCACCCCCACCGCCGCCGUUGCCAGAAAUCACAGGCGAUGCGCCACCGCAGCAGCAGCAAGGUGAAGAGCUAGGUCAAGAUGAUCAUAUUGAAAUGAUGUCAGCCUCUUCCGUAUCAAAAUCAGUGCCGGAGAUCAAAUUCGUCGGCGGAAUCAACGGGCCACAACCAAUGUCACGGCGGCCUUCAGGAGUCCCCAACUACCCACAACUCGAGCCAACCGAAAGCAUCUCAAUCGAUCGUCCGACGUCCUUUGAUCUAGUGGAGAAGAUGCACUACCUCUUUGUCCGAGUAGUCAAGGCCCGCUACCUCCCGGCCAACGGCAGACCCGUUGUCAAGAUCUCCGCCUCCAACUACCACGUGACGUCAUCCCCCGCCAGAAAAACCAACUGCUUCGAGUGGGACCAGACCUUCGCUUUCGGCCGCCAGUCCCCGGAUUCCGCUUCCAUCCUCGAAGUCUCCGUGUGGGACCCUCCAAUCCCCGACCCGACCGGUAUGGCCUCCGGGCACAACUUCCUCGGCGGAGUAUGCUUCGACGUGGCGGAAAUCCCGCUGCGGGACCCGCCGGACAGCCCCUUGGCCCCACAGUGGUACAGAUUAGAAGGAGGCGGGUCCCGGAUUAACGGGGAUCUGAUGCUCGCCACGUGGAUGGGAACCCAAGCCGACGAGUCUUUCCCGGACGCGUGGAAGACGGACACCGCCGGAAACCCUAAUGCACGCGCGAAAGUGUACCAGUCUCCCAAGCUAUGGUAUCUCAGAGCCACCGUGGUAGAAGCACAAGAUGUAAUCCCCAUAACGACGUCCUCGUUAAAGGAAGCCGCUUUCCAAGUCAAAGCCCAGCUCGGAUUCCAGUCUUUCAAGACGGACCCAUCUCUAACCCGAAACGGCACGCCGUCGUGGAACCAGGACUUGAUAUUCGUGGCCGCCGAGCCAUUCACCGAUCACUUGGUUUUGGUGCUGGAGAUCCGGCAACCGAAAGGGACGGUCACAUUGGGGUAUGCGAAGAUACCACUCACGGCCAUCGAGCGCCGCGUCGACGACCGGAAAGUUGCGUCGAAAUGGAUCAGUUUGGAGGAUCCAAAAGACGAGAAGAGGGUUUACAGUGGAAGAUUGCACGUGCGGCUUUGCUUUGAUGGGGGAUAUCACGUGAUGGAUGAGGCGGUGCAUGUGUGCAGCGACUACCGUCCCACGGCGAGGCAGCUGUGGAAGCCGCCGGUUGGAACUGUUGAGCUUGGUAUUAUUGGGUGCAAGAACUUGAUACCAGUCAAGACGAUGAAUGGUAAAGGUUGUACGGACGCGUAUUGUGUUGCCAAAUAUGGAUCUAAGUGGGUACGUACCCGGACCGUAUGCGAUAGCUUGGAGCCCAAGUGGAAUGAGCAGUACACUUUCAAGGUCUUUGAUCCUUGUACUGUGUUGAGUCUUGGUGUGUUUGAUAGUAAUGGAGUCCUCGAGACCGACGGCCCAAAGGAUGCCAUGCGUCUUGACUUUCGAAUUGGGAAGGUGCGUAUACGUAUAUCGACAUUGACUACGGGUAAAGUGUACAAGCAUACGUAUCCGUUGUUGGUCUUGUCUCCGGCGGGUUUAAAGAAAAUGGGCGAGGUGGAGAUUGCCAUACGCUUUGCUCGGGUGACUCCAACAUUGGAUUUAGUACACGUGUACUCGCAGCCAUUGCUGCCCUUGAUGCACCACAUAAAGCCGCUAGGAGUGAGCCAACAAGACAUGUUGAGACGAGCGGCGGUUAAGAUCGUGGCGGCACACUUGUUGAGAUCAGAACCGCCGCUCGGGCGUGAAACUGUUCUUUACAUGUUGGAUGCGGAUUCACAAGGGUUUAGCAUGAGGAAAGUUCGUGCUAAUUAUUUCCGAAUCAUCAAUCUCAUAGCUGGAGUAAUGGACAUUGUGGGGUGGAUAAACAACACUCGUUCAUGGAAGAACCCGAUGGCGACUAUUUUGGUGCACGCAUUAUUGGUGCUACUUGUUUGGUUUCCUGAUUUGAUAAUCCCCACUUUGUUAUUUUACGUGUUCGCAAUCGGCGCCUGGAACUAUAGGUUCCGGUCACGAGUCUCACUUCAGCACUUUGAUCCGAAGCUCUCAUUGGCUGAUACGGUUGAUCGUGAUGAACUUGAUGAGGAGAUCGACCUGGUGCCAAGCAGUAGAUCAUAUGAGGUAGUAAGGGCAAGAUAUGAUAAGCUACGAACUCUUGGCGCACGUGUGCAGACGGUAUUGGGGGAUUUUGCCACACAAGGAGAGCGCGUGCAGGCGUUAGUGACGUGGCGUGACCCACGCGCGACGGGGAUCUUUGUCGGACUUUGCUUUCUAGUAGCAAUGGUUUUGUACUUGGUUCCGUCGAAGAUGGUGGCAAUGGCGUUCGGGUUCUACUAUUUGCGGCAUCCGAUCUUUCGCGAUCGAACGCCGUCGCCGGCUCUGAACUUUAUGAGAAGGCUUCCUUCACUGUCGGAUCAACUUCUGUAGAACUUUGUUUCUAAAUAAUUUAUUUAGUGAUUUUGGUUUAACCAGUUUAGCGAAGUCAUUGAUAAAACAUAUGUAUUUCUUGUAAGAUAUGGAAUGAAAUUUUGAUUACAAGAGAGUUUCCUCACUGGCUGGG